AUGGUGCAUAUCCUAGGCAUCAACCUUCCAGAUAACCAGGUCGCCAGGUUCGCCCUGACGAAGAUAUUCGGCGUCGGGCACCAUACCGCGCACCGCAUCUGCGCACGACUGCAAGUCCACGACCGAUGCCGCGUGCGCGACCUCUCGCCGUUCCAAGUGACAUCCCUCGCGUCGUUCCUGUCCUCACCUAGCACCGCCCCGGCACUCCCGCGCUACCCGCUCGCGCGCGCGGACUAUGUGCCCCCCUCACCCACGAGUGUGUCGACGCAGGAGCUCCAGGCGCGGUUCAUGGAGCUGCAUAAGGCGAAAGAGGCCAAGGCUAGCUCGGACCCGUUGAGGAAUUUGAGGAUCGAGUCGGAGUUGAGGAGGGAGAUUAGGGAGAAUAUUGGGCAUCAGAGGAUGAUUGGGAGUUAUGUGGGUAGGAGGCAUGCGAUGCAUUUGCCGGUUAGGGGACAGAAUACGCAGAAUAAUGCGAAGACGGCGAAGAAGCUCAAUAGGCUCGACAGGUAUUAG